AUGGGUCGUGAGGAAAUGCAGGCCCGUCUCAAAGAGCUGGAGACAGAAAAGUCUGUUCUCGAGUGGGCUCUUGAAGCAAGCCUUCACGAGAAGGACGUCGACACCGACAACGAAGACAACAAGUCCGAAACUUUGUCUACCUACACUAUGGCAGACCUCCCAGCCUCGAACCCUCAAGUGGAUGAACCCCUGGUUCAUGUUUAUCCAGAUGGUCCCAUCUCCGAUUCCGAGUCUUCUAUCUCGCUUCACAGCACUGACUCCGUAGCCUCUACUAUGGCUCGUAUCAAGUUCACUCCCACCAUGCCGGCUCACCAGACCGUCCAGUCUGACCCUGCGUCUUACCGCUACGAUGGUACUGGAGUGUCUGAAGAUGGCUACGAGGAUGAGGAGACCAUCCGCGGCUCUACCAUUGGUAUUGAAAAGGAAAAGGAAAAGGAAAAGGAAAAGGAAAAGGAAAAGGAGGAUCCGGAGGACACCACUGCCACUGAUCCGAACUCUCCUCUCAACAUCACCAACCCUCAUCCGACCCUUUCCAUCUCGACCAAGUUCCUUCAGAAGGCUAUUCUCAACAGCCGCCAGCGUGGAAGUCCCUAUCUCCGUUCAUUCCUCCACCGGAAACCUGUCGACGGCAAAGCAGGUGAAUGCACCGAGUGGAAGUGGAUUCCCUUCCUUGUCUUUGGUGCCGCAGCUGAGCUUGUCGCAACCAACAUUGCCGAAGGCGACAUCGAGAUGAUCUGCAUGAAGGACACUCGCUUCACCACCAUGAUUCAGAAGAACAAGGACAUGUUUGAAGACCCUGGAAGCCUUGGUGCCAAGUCUGCUCUCCUUGAGGAGCUCAAGCCUGCCUUCAAUCGUCCUGAGGCUUGGGGCUUCCGCGUCUUGGUCUGGCGCGUCCACUCUUCGGAGAACACUGUCUACAUGGACCGUGAAGGCUACCCUGUCCCCGGAGAGGCCGGCACUCUGCCAUUUGAUGGGCCUGAGAAUUGGAAAUAA